AUGAUUACUUCCCAGCCUGCUCUCUACGGCCAGAGCUUCCCAAUGGCGCCUCCACAGUCUGGCCUCCCUCCCUCUGCCUCCGCCGCUUCCUCGUCCUACACAAACCUCGCCCUCCAGAAGCCCACCAACGGCGUCGCAUCCAGGGACGGCCUCUUCACCAGUCCCACCGAAUCCGAGUUUUCAGAGGGUGCAGACCAGCUCGACCCUGUCCGGUCGUGGGAUGAGAAAAAGGUCGGCGAGUGGCUGCAUAGCAUACGAUGCGGGCAGUAUGAACCCCUCUUCAAAGCAAACCAUUUCACGGGUGACAACCUGCUUGACUGUGACCAGAAGAUCCUCCAGGAGAUGGGCAUCAAGAAGGUCGGAGAUCGGGUCCGAAUAUACGUUGCCGUCAAGCAGCUACGGAACAGAGCCAUCACAUACCGCAAAAAGAAGAAUAGGGACUCGCUGGCCGCCUUGGAGGCUUCGAGAUACACGCCACCGUCGUCAGAAACUUCUCGGCUGUCAAGCAGCAACAAUAAUAACAGCAGCAGCAGUCGAUACCAGCCCUCGGGUCGCCAGUGGUCUCGCAAUGAGCCUCCUACUCACACCUACAACCCCACAAAGCCGUCGUCGAGGCCUAAUUCCCCCUUGGCCGAGCCUGACCGCCAGCUCCGGCAGUACCGAUACAAUGGUGCCAGUCCCAUGGAGUCAAUUCGCCGUGAACAGGGACCAAACUACUUUGGAUACACUCACUCGAACUCCAGCACCUCCAGACACACCACGGCCUCCAACGACCAGCCUCAGGCUCCCCGGACGGUAGCCCAUAUUCGUCAGAACCCUAGCAACGAUGGACUCACCAUAAGCUCACUACCAACCCAUUCCCCCGUUAUCAGAGUUAUACAUACCGGCGGACAGACCAAGGCACUCAACAUCAAGCAGUGUAAGACUGCUGACGAUAUCAUGGUCUCCGUCCUGAAGAAGCUGCUCAUUCCGGAGAGCCACUACAAAAACUACUGCUUCUACGUUUUGGACGGCCUUGACUCGAACCCAGCAAACUGCAGGCGCAUCUCGGACGUCGAGUUACUGCAGAUAUGCGAUGGCUCUAACAGGUCUGAGCGCGGUCGUCUUAUUCUGCGAAACAUUCAUGCUGGAGAACCAGAUCUGGACGAACUUGAGCUUGCUGCUCGUCUAGCUACGGACGAGAGCCAGGUUGCCCACAUGAAUGCCAUGAACACAACCAACCUGCGGAACCAGAUCAAGCUGCAGAAGCUUACCGGAGAGUCCUGGGACCACUUGCGGCAGCCCAUGUCGCCCAUCACCGAUCGUUCACGCGAAGACUAUCGACGUGCGCAGCAUAACGAUGCCACAGAACGUGACCAGAGCACCAAGUUACGCUCGUUCUUUGGUGCACGCCCGCCAAGUGAGAUGAUCAUCCACGAGCUCACCUCUUAUUUCCCCAGUCACCAGAAGGAAGACAUCGAAAAGACCAUGCGGCUGUCUGUCCGUCGAUCACAGCGCAUGAGUCGAGCUGCAAGCCGCCUGUCCGUCAUGAGCGGCGUCAGUCUAGCUUCGAGCAUGAAAGACGCUCCGCCGAUCCCCAGCAUCGCAGACACAUGGCUAUCUGCUGGCACACCUUCUAAUCCCCCUUCCCGCGCUGGUGGUCGACCCUUGUCCGUCUCCAGAAUCAACAUCCCUUCAACCUCUUACCGAGACUCCAUUGCUUCAUCUGCACUGGAGCCCCUGCAGGAAGAGUCUCCCAUCCAGGACAGCCGCAAAUCUUAUGUUUCCUUUGAUGAUAAUUCAGAUAACCCUAUCAUCGAAGAACCGGAACGUCACACGUUCUUAGAUGAGACACUCAGCGUUACUGCAACCGAUGGCGGCGGAUCCAUGAGCGAGCGUCUCAGCAUGAUCGUGGCCGAGGAUGGGGACGAGGUAGACGACGGCCUAGCUGAUUUCCUCGCUGGCAACAACUUCGGCAACAAGAACUGGAUGAAGGGCUCUCUGAUCGGUGAAGGUUCCUUCGGCAGCGUCUUCCUCGCUCUCCAUGCCGUUACAGGAGAACUUAUGGCCGUCAAACAGGUCGAACUACCCUCCGCUACCAAGGGUACCGAGUUCGACCAGAAGAAGAACCUCAUGGUCUCCGCCCUUAAGCACGAGAUCGGCCUCCUCCAGGGCCUUCGCCAUGAAAACAUCGUGCAGUACCUAGGCACCUCCACAGACGACCAGUACUUGAACAUUUUCCUCGAGUACGUGCCCGGAGGGUCCAUCGCAACAAUGCUAAAACAGUACAACACCUUCCAAGAACCUCUCAUCCGUAACUUCGUUCGCCAAAUCCUCGCCGGCCUCGAGUACCUCCAUUCCAGUGACAUCAUACACCGCGACAUCAAAGGCGCCAACGUCCUCGUCGACAACAAAGGAGGUAUCAAGAUUUCUGACUUCGGUAUCUCCAAACGCGUCGAAGCAUCCACCAUGCUUGGCUCUGGCGCAAAAGGCCCAUCAAACCACCUACACCGCCCUUCCCUCCAGGGCAGUGUGUACUGGAUGGCUCCCGAAGUCGUGCGCCAAACAGCUCAUACCAAAAAGGCCGAUAUAUGGAGUCUAGGCUGUCUUGUUGUCGAGAUGUUCAUUGGCGUCCACCCGUUCCCGGAUUGCAGUCAGUUACAAGCCAUCUUCGCCAUUGGUAACAACCAGGCUCGCCCACCACCACCAGAGAACGCAAGCAAAGAGGCCAUGGCCUUCUUGGACAUGACUUUCGAAAUUGAUCAUGAGAAACGGCCGAGUGCACAUGAGUUGUUAAGCAACCCUUUCUUGGAAACCAUUGCUUGA